CCCAUGAACCAAUAUGGCGGCCACCUGCCAAAGGAAUUGGUGAUUGUUGACAGUUACAUUGGAUAUUACUUGAUGUGUUUAUAAAGUAAAAGAAAUUUGGACGCUUUUGAAAUAUGGUUCUUUCUAAAGUCGAGGCAUUUGAGCUACUGGAAUUACCUGUUGUGGCUGACCAGGAUUCUAUCAGGACAAGCUACAAGCGACUAGCUCUUAAGUGGCAUCCCGAGAAACAUGGCAAUUCAGCUGAUGCAGUCAGGAAGUUCAAACAAGUGAGCAAUGCAUAUAAGAGACUGCAGACAGAUAGCCAAUCAGAUAUGACGCUGGAUGAAAUGUUACGGAUGUUUCAAGAAGUAUUUUUCUCUAAAUCUUUGGGUACUCUUAAUGGGUCUGGGUAUGACACAUCAGAUGACGAUGAUGACGAUACAGACGACUCCGAUGACGACAUCCCCUACCCCUUGUAUACGGACAAGAUCAGGCUAAAACAAGACUUGAAGAAAAAAGGGCGAGACAACUCCCGCCAUCUAACAGCUGAGGAGGUAAAUAGAAAUGCUGAAGAACUUAUAACAGAAGAAGAAAAAGAAAAAAGGAAAGCAGAGAAACGGAAAGCAAAAAAGAAAAGAAGACGGGAGAGGAAGAAGCUGGAGAAACAGGACCAGAAGGAUGAAAAACCAAAGAGGGAGAAAUCCGGUGAGAAGGGGAGGAAAUCUGACAAAAAGGGUCACAGUGGAUCAUCAUCCGAAGCAGAAGAAGCUGGGUUUGAUCCUAAUUCUGCAUUUUUCACAAAAGUUGUAAAUAAAAAGAAGAAAGGUCAGACUACGACAGAAACAACACAGACAAGUAGAAAAGAUAAACCAAAAGACAAGCAGCAAUCUGGUGCUAAGAGUGAAGAAGAGGUGGAAGAUUUAGAUCCAAUAGUACUGCGGAGUCGACAGUUAGCAAUACGAGGAAAUGAAAUGGCUCAGUUAGGUCACUACAACCCAGCCAUUGAACUUUUUACAGAAGCUAUCAAUUUAGACCCUAGAGAUUUUAGAUUUUUUGGAAACAGAUCCUACUGUUAUGACCGAAUACACCAAUAUGAAAAAGCUUUACGUGAUGCAGAAAAAGCCAUCGUUCUUGCAAAGGACUGGGCAAAAGGUUAUUUUAGGAAAGGAAGGGCUCUAGCAGGGCUCAAGCUUUUCCCUGAAGCAGAAAAAGCGUUUAUGCAGGUGCUAAAACUAGAUAAAAACUGUGAUGAUGCUGUACAGGAGCUGUUGCGAGUACGGACCUACCAGCUUACAGAAAUGGGGUUUUCACGACAACAAGCAGAGGCUUCAAUAAAGAAACAUGGGUCUGUCCAGACAGCAUUAGACUCACUUUUAGCAGGAGUUGCGGAAAACUCAUUAUCAGGCGAGGUUUAUUUCUCAGAUGAAGAUGAGUUUAUAACAACGUCCAGUUCACGGUUACAGUCCUUUCAGCAGUCACAGCCUUCUGAUAUAAAAAUGGAUUUCAAUAAUCCAGAGGGUCUUACUGCUUUGUGGGUUGGAAAUGUUUUACCUCAGGUCACAGAAAAAAAAUUGGUUCAAAUGUUUCAAAAAUAUGGUACAGUGACCAGUGUGAGGCUUUUACCCGACAAGUAUUGUGCAUUUGUAAAUUUUAAAAUGCCUGUGUCAGCAGGAAAAGCUAUGCAAACUUUACAGGGCGUUGAGUGUGAAGGUCAGCGUUUGUUGAUCAAGUUCCCCGACAAUCCAAUCUGUAAUGGAAAUGGCCCAGCCCAAACAAUACUAAAGAAAAAUACAUCGUCACAUACAAAAACCCAACAGAUACAGCAACAACAGCAACAGCAACAACAGCAGCAGCAACAACAACAGCAACUACAACAACAACAACAGCAACAACAACAGCAGCAGCAGCAGACCGGUGUGCGAAAUCAGCCAAAGCAAAGUGGGCCUGUAAAUGGUGAUGAAUGUUAUUUUUGGAGAACGACUGGUUGUAUAUAUGGUGAUAAGUGUCAUUGGAAACAUUUGCCUGAUCAUAAAGGCGUGGAUAAAAAACCUUGGCAAAAGAAUGCUGUAUAGCAGAACAUUCACCAAGAUUUGUUGUUGUUAUUGGGUUAUCUCCCUUGCUCCAUUUGUGGCCUUGCUCAGACUGCCCCCGGAAGAGGAUCAUAGUGGCUACAUCAAGACUGGCGGUCCACCCCUCGACAAUAUGCAGCUCGUAACAGAACCAUGUACUUAACAGGAAAUACUGUGACAGGAUCUGGAAGCAGGACUCGAAGCUGUUUACAAAUAAACCAUUUUGGAUUACAGGAAUCUGGAUGAUGUAGCUCUAAGACUUACCAGUGACAGAAGACGAUCCAUCAAGAGGAACAGGGUUUCAUGUUACCAUGGUGUCCUGUUCAAUAUGUCUUCUGAUAUUAUCUUGGUUGCCAUGGUAAAUUAUCACAGAUAUCAAUUGGUGAAGUAUUUUCCAAGGUUGAAAUCAUGUAUUUUGAUACAGGGAAUUUUUCUGUUCUUGUCGUCAUGCAAGACAUUGUCAUGAGAUGGACAUGAAUAGGUUGUGGUAGGAUUCUGUAUACAGGCGCCAUCUGUGUUUGGCACAGGUUGGAACCAUCGUAUACCCUAAAGUAAGAACUGACAAGAUUCCAUAUUUUAGUCCCAGUGUAUCAUGUAUGUUAAUUAAAGAAAAUAUGGCAUAUUUUAUCAUUGUGAUCUGUGACACUGUGUGACUUGAUUUUGUGAUAGAAAAAAUGGCUUUCACUUAAUUGGUGUGGGUUGUAUUUUUUUUCAACUUUUUUUUCGGUUUUACUCUGAGCACAUUGAUGGUAUUUACUGCUUAUUUCAUCAUUCAACGUCCAAGGAUGUUUGAGUUAAACCAACAUCUGCAACAGCUUGAUCAUGUUGAUAGGACUCACAAACAUUUUUAUCAUCAUAUAUAUAUAUAUAUAAUUCUUUGUUGUAUUUAUCAUUGGUUAUUUUUUUUGCUUGGUUAAGGUAAUUUGACAGUCGUUCAUUUAUAUCACUAUUUUCAUCAAGAAUUUGAAAGAAUAUUAUUACUUCAUUAAUAAUAAUAAUAAUAAUAAUGAUACUAAUAAUAAAAUAAAUAAAUAAAUAAUAAUAAUAAUGUACUGGUUGUCAAAAUGUAGUUUGAGCAGUUUUUCCAAUAUUCUGGUUGUCAUUUAAAAAACAAAGUAAAUCAUCAGUAGUGCAGAUGAUUUUCUUUUCUUGUUAAGCUAGGAUGACAAGAUAGGUAAAAUAUUGUUUUAUUUUUGAAAGCAUUUUGUAUUCCUUUUGCUUGUAUUUUGAAACUUUUAUUAACUUGAUUAAGGAUUUAUUUUAAAUUAACCUGAAGUCAACGCCAGAAAUAAAAUUACUUGGAUCCCUGCUAUUUAGCAUAAUUGUCCAACACAGAAACCAUCAACGAGAAAAUGAAACAGUCUGGCAUCAAACAUGUUAAAGACAUUUUGUAAAUGAGUCAUCAAUUUAGAUAAUGUUUAGUCCUCAAAGCCUCACCAGUCAAAACUGCUUUGGAAUUAUCGAACAAUAUUAUCCAAGAGAUCUGAAUAUAAAUUGGAACAUAGUAUUUAUCCUGAAAGUCAAUGUUGAACGCUUUGUGCAGGCAGCUCUGUAUGGGCUGUCUGAUGUUCAGCUGUUUGGUUCAAGCAUCAGAACCAGUCAGAACCAGGAAUUCCGGAAACUGAUUUAUUUGGAUGUCAACCACUGUAUUGUGCAAUAGUUAGGGUCACACUUCGGUUCAUCCUCUCUUAUCCAGGGUACUAUAUCUCCAUUCUAUUAGAAUAAAUACCCUGUACACAUUCGCCCCCAAAGUCUCCAUCCAUCAGAUCUUCGUGCACACUACCGCUACACAUAGAUCUGAGAACAUCUUAUUACAGGUCUGGUUAGAACAACCUCUCGUGAACUUUGACCGAGCAAGGAAGCACUGGCUUCAAACUGGUGACUUCCAUUCCAGACUAUUCUUUGAAAACUACUUUUGCAAAUUUCUUGAUUCAAAAUGAGAAAACUGGACAAAAGAAAAAUCUGGAUUGUUUAAUAGAUGGUUUGGAUUGUAUAGCAGUACUUCCUACAACUAUUGUUCAAAAUUCCCUGUGUCAAUCUUCUCGAGGUUUAAUUAUCAGAAAACCUGUAAUGGGAUGUCCUCAGAUCUUUGUUUAGCGGUAGUGAGAACAAAGAUCUCCUUAUAGUGAGAUUGGGUCUCCAUCUCUCUAUCACAUAUAGGAAUUCACUUGCUCAUGGAUGUAAUCUCAUUUGAUAGAUACAUUUGGUGAUGUGUCUUUCAGAUACAGUUCAAAACAAAGCUAGUGAAUGUGUCAAGGGUGUUUGUCCACAUAGAAAUGAGAUAUAAUACACUGGAUAAUCGCAGAUGAUGCAGGUUUAACUUGCACUAUAACAUAUGUUGCAUUAGUUUUGCCUCUUGUGAAUUUAAUCAUGUACAAAAGUUAGACCAAAACAUAAAGCAAUAUGAUGAAAAAAAAUGUCUUGCAACUUUCAUAGAUGUUAGUUUGGGUGCACUUAUAUACAUCAGUCUGUCCAAUUUAGGGAUAAUGCAGGUCCGAUUAGUUUGGGGUCCUUAUAUGUCAACACUAUUUAAGCCUGUAGGUAUGCUUGGAUACAUUCAAGAGGUAGAGGGGUGGGGUAGUCUCACGUGGUUAGACUGUUCACUACUGAAAUGAAGUAAAGAACACCCCAUAUUUUUUAUUUGACUAUAGUUAGUAGCGCCAUGACAUAAAUUAUAGCCACAUGAAAAAAAUGGGUGUGCUUUACUUCUUUUGAGUAGUAUAUAUAUAUCAUUAUGUUUGAAUGAGCAGAUAAACAAUGUGGUGUUUGAUCUAUUCGAAACAGACUGGCUGGCACUACUAUGUAUACAAAAAUUUAUAAUAGCAACUAAGGGGCGGUCAGGUAGCCUAGUGGUUAAAGCAUUUCAUGCCGAAGACCCGGGUUAGAUUCCCCACAUGGGUACAAUGUGUGAAGCCCAUUUCUAGUGUCCUCAGUCGUGAUAUUAUUGGAAUAUUGCUCAAAGCACUCACUCACUCACUCACUCACUACUGGCAACAAAAAGAUCAGUCAUGCUUUUUAUGAAUAUUCAUGUCUGUCAGUCCAUUGGUGCACAGUGUUCUGGAACUGUUCAGCAUGUUCAGUGGACAAGGACACAGUUAUAAGUAUUGAUAGACUUGGUUUACAAAACAGAUGGAAUAUUCAGUUUCCUAUAUUGAUUUUCAAUAUCGGUUUGUAAGGGUAGACAUUUGCAAUAAAGGCCUAAAGCAAGUAUGAAGUCGAGAUGUGUAAUGACUGAACACCGACCUUGGUCUGGUCAUGGCAGUAGAGCUGGUGUAAAGCUGCCCUUCUUUUCAACGAGUAAGAUAACAGUAAUUUUAUUUUGAUAGAUCAUUAUUUUUAAGGGACUGGUCAUUCAUAAUGGUUUGAGGCUUGGAAGACUCUUAUGGUCAUACCAUUGAAGACUUCAGGUGGUAGAAAUGAAUUUAUCAUUUUUCGGAGGGUUCUGAUAAAAUGGUAAUCUAAAUGUUGUUAAUAAAAACAUUUUAGACUCUUCAUGAUGAUGAACUGUUUUGGCAGUUGUGGAGUGUCAUGACAAACAGGACAAAGAUUUGGUGAUUGAGGGAUGCAAAAAUUAUUUUUCUCAACAUGUGCUACGGCCCACAUUUUCAAGUAAAGAUGACUGUUUUGGUCCUCAGCAAAUGUUGAAUAGUAUAUAUAAGGUUAAAUCUUUAAGAAAAUGUUUUGAAGUAUCUUUGCCCACACAAUUAAUGACCAAUUCUAAUUUGUUGAUUAUUCAACUUUUUUUAUUCUGUUGACUUCACUGUGUGUGCUGUACACUCAGUGGUUGAAGGCUGUUUAAUUAUAAGUUAUGUAAAAAAUAAACCAGAACAGAAAAUGACUAAUGUUUAAUGACGAGUUUGCGAUUACACGGAGCAUGUGCCUGCAUAUAGUCAUGAAACAAGGGGGAUAACUCUUGUUUUUGUAACAGAUGAAUGAUCAUUGAAAUCAAGUCAUGCCAUUGUAUGCAAGAAAAUGUUUUCAUGUCCAAAGUUGUGAAUCAUUGCUGCAUGUCCAUUAUAUGCCAUAGUCAGGAUGAUAUUAAGUUUGUCACUAUUUUCAUAUAUAGAUUGGUUUAUUAUGUAUGUGUCAAGUUUUAUUAAUAAAUGUUAUGCCAUGUAUUCCCAGAGAACAUCUUGUACAUUCAUGAUAAUCCCUUAAACCUUUGAGCAAGUCGGUGUCCGAGGUUGACAUUUCCUUAAAGAUAAAGGGCAGUAAACAAACAUGUCCUGAA